CCCACCAUCUUCUUCUUCUUCUUCUUCUUCAAACCCCCAUAAACCCCAAAAGGCCAAAACCCACCUGCUCCCUUCUACUUCCCAUUUCCCCACUCUCCUUCCUCCUCUCUCCCUUGCGCCUCUCAAAACGGUAACGCACCCAAGAAACUAAGAAGUUGAAAACCCAGAAGAAGAUGAUCAGCGGAGCAGAUUUCUACCACGUGAUGACGGCGAUGGUGCCGCUCUACGUGGCAAUGUUCCUCGCGUACUGCUCCGUGAAGUGGUGGAAGAUCUUCAGCCCGGAGCAGUGCUCCGGAAUCAACCGAUUCGUGGCCCUGUUCGCCGUCCCGCUCCUCUCCUUCCACUUCAUCUCCUCCAACGACCCCUACGCCAUGAACUUCCACUUCAUCGCCGCCGACAGCCUCCAGAAGAUGAUCAUCCUGGUCGCCCUCGCCUUGUGGUCCAACCUCACCCGCCGCGGCUCCCUGGAGUGGACCAUAACCCUCUUCUCCCUCUCCACCCUGCCCAACACCCUCGUCAUGGGCAUCCCCUUGCUCAAGGGCAUGUACGGCGACGCCUCCGGGACUCUCAUGGUCCAGAUCGUCGUCCUCCAGUGCAUCAUCUGGUACACCCUCAUGCUCUUCAUGUUCGAGUACCGCGGCGCCAAGCUCCUCAUUUCCGACCAGUUCCCUGAUACCGCCGGUUCGAUUGUCUCCAUUCACGUCGAUUCCGACAUCAUGUCGCUCGACGGCCGCCAGCCGCUCCAGACGGAGGCCGAGAUUAAGGACGACGGCAAGCUGCACAUCACCGUCAGGAAGUCCAACGCCUCCAGAUCCGAUAUCUUCUCUCGCAGGUCCCAGGGACUUUCGUCAAACACCCCGCGUCCCUCCAAUUUGACCAAUGCCGAGAUUUAUUCUCUGCAGUCCUCCAGGAACCCCACCCCUCGCGGCUCGAGCUUUAACCAUACGGAUUUCUACUCGAUGAUGGCGGCGGGUCGGAACUCCAAUUUCGGGGCUAAUGAUGUCUAUGGUAUGUCGGCGUCCCGCGGACCGACUCCCAGGCCCUCUAACUACGACGAGGACAGUAAAGGGAGGUUUCACGGCUACGGGCAUGGGUCGGGUGGUGGUGGCGGGCCGCCGCCUCCGGCCCAUUACCCUGCGCCCAACCCGGGGAUGUUUUCGCCGACUACUGCAGCUAAUAAGGGUGCCGUUGCUGUUACUGGGGGUAAGAAAGGGAAUGCUAACGGCCAGCAGAAAGGCGAUGAAGGUGGAAAGGAUAUUCAUAUGUUCGUGUGGAGCUCGAGCGCGUCGCCAGUUUCAGAUGUGUUUGGUAGCCAUGAGUACGGUGGUCACAACCAUCAUCAUAAUGACCAUAAGGACGUUAGACUCGCUGUUUCUCCUCCUGGCCUGGAGCAGCAUGCGAGGGAGAAUCAUGGCGAAGACUACUUGGUGGAGAGAGACGAGUUCAGCUUCGGGAACAGAGGAGGGGAGAUGAUGAGCAAUGGCAACGAAGGCGAGAAGUCCGCGGCGGCCGUUGCUGGUGAUGGGAGGGCCAAAGCUAUGCCCCCAACGAGCGUGAUGACGAGGCUUAUUCUGAUAAUGGUGUGGAGGAAGCUGAUCAGGAAUCCCAACACUUACUCCAGCUUGAUUGGUCUCAUCUGGUCUCUCGUCUCCUUCAGGUGGCAUGUAGCAAUGCCUGCUAUAAUAGCCAAGUCCAUUUCGAUUCUAUCAGAUGCAGGGCUCGGCAUGGCUAUGUUCAGUCUUGGUCAGUAUAAUUUCAAAAUAGCCAAGUCCAUUACGCAGAUGUUAAUGUUAUACAAAUUCGUGUUCUUCUUUAAAGUUUGUUGGUUUCUGGAUUUGCGCAUUGGGGAUGUUGGUUUUAGUAAAAAGUAGACAGUAGAACCAGUAACCAGUAGAAGCGGCGGUGGUGGUGCAGUGCAGUAAUUAAUAGGUGUCCUUUUGUGCCUCAGUUGGAUCAAAAGCUAUAAAGGGGAGAGUCUUUAUUAGUCUUUUUUAUUUGGUGGGUAUUGAGAAAAGGAGACUUAUCAAUGAACAAACAUCGGUAAAGCAUAUUAAGAUUUAAGGUGGAGAUGAUGAUGGGCAUUGGCUGGUUUUUCUUUUCCUUUUUGCAUAUGGUUAGUGGUGGGAGUGAUGAUGACGAUGAUUCCUUGGUGAAAGGGCCGGGGAGGAAAAGUGUUGUUUCUUUGAAAAGGGAGACGAGUGAAUGAGGGAAAGAAGAAAAAUCUUUGGGGUCUGACAAGGAUCGAGUGAAGUGAACAGGAAGCGGCCUGGCCUGGCCUGAACUGUGAGUGAGAAUGUGAGAGAUAGCAAUAGGCAAUAGCAAGCAAGCGAAGCAAGCAGCAAUCAUGGCCAUAAUGGUGGGUAAAGGGAGUAAUGGGCAUGCUUUGCCUGCUAGCUAGCUUGCUUUGCACAGCUGCAGCGCCAGCAAAGUGCAAAGCUUGCAAUCCUUCUCUCUCUUUGGCUUUCUGGGGUCCUUCCUUUUCGCUUUGUCUACUCUAGACUCUAUACAUAUUGUCUGACAAGUUAUCUUUUUUUUUUUUCUUUUUUUUUUUUGUGUGUGUGUAGGGUUGUUCAUGGCAUUGCAGCCAAGGAUCAUAGCAUGUGGGAAAUCAACAGCAGCUUUUGCAAUGGGCGUGAGAUUCUUUGUUGGACCAGCUGUCAUGGCAGCUGCUUCCAUUGUGGUUGGCCUCAGGGGCACUCUCCUUCACAUCGCCAUUGUUCAGGCAGCUCUACCACAGGGGAUUGUUCCCUUUGUCUUUGCUAAGGAAUAUAAUGUGCAUCCUGAUAUUCUAAGUACUGGGGUCAUAUUUGGGAUGCUCAUUGCCCUACCCUUCACCCUUGUCUACUACAUCUUGCUGGGGCUAUGAGAAAGAGGAUGGCAGAUAUGGGAAAGAGAAAGGGAAACAAGGGGAAAGAUUACUGAAAAAGCUUAACUAAGCAACAAGCUUACAGAGGGAGGUUGAAUCUUGAAUGCUGUUCAACCAAACAAGCCCUUUGGUAGGUUUUUGUGAAGUAAAAAAGUAGGAUGCAGCAAAAGGAAGCAGCACAGCAGCAAGCAAGUUCAAAUGGGCCUUCUCCCUAACCAAAAUCUUCUGUUCUCUAAUUUGGUCCCUUUCUUUUGUUAUUUCCCCCCAUUUUGAUCUUAGUUAAAAGGGUUGUAACUUGUAAGUCAAAUUACUAAGGAGCAAAAAGGACAAGAAAUGUCUCACUACAACUCU